AUAUUACUCAAAUCAGUGCCGAGAACCAAAAAUUAACUGGGGACUUGAUCGUUGAGGAUUAUCCUAAUUUACAAGAGAUUAAUUUGCCCAAUCAGGAAUUAACUUCCUUAAUUGUGAUUAAUUGUCCGAAAUUACAAAUAAUUAAGGUGCGAAAUAAUCAAUUAGCAAAGUUAGAAAUCCAAGGGGCUAACCAAGUUAGUGAAAUAAUUGCAGGUGGGAAUGAAUUGACUACUCUAAAUUUGGCUAAUUGUUCGCAAAUUAGUAAGUUGAUGGUGGCGGAUAAUCCUUAUUUAACUAAACUGGAAAAUUUAAACUGGGCUACUCUGAAAAAUAUUAAUAUUGCUAAUACGGGAGUUGCUUUGGCUGAAGAAAAUGAGGAGUUAAAAGCCAGAAAAGAAGAAGUGCUAGAAAAGAUUAAGACUUUGAAAGAGGCAGCGGAAGAAAAGGAAUUGGUGCUUACUGAGCCUAUUCAAACCCCCGAACAAGCCGAAGAGGCAAUUUUAAGACAUUUAAAAAAAACCGGAGAGAAAUGA